AUGGCCCUCUGUGGCGCCGGCCUCUCGGCCGGCAGCGGGCUCCCAACCUUUCGCGGAGCGGGGGGCAUGUGGCGGAACUACGAAGCGACCAUGCUAGCGACGCCCGAGGCAUUCGAAGAGGACCCAGGGCUCGUCUGGCAGUUCUACAGCAUGAGACGGCACAUGGCACUCGCGGCCAAGCCCAACGCUGCGCACUUCGCGCUCGCAGAGCUGGCGAGGAGGAAGGGCGAUGAUGGGGGGUUUCGGACUUUGACGCAGAAUGUUGACGGUGGGUCACAUCUAUCGUAUCCCAAGUGGGGGUUAACGGGGAGAUAUCAUAGGUUUAUCCGUGCGCGCGAAUCAUCCGCCGGAAACCAUCGAUUAUCUCCAUGGACAUCUCCUCGACAUUAAGUGCUCCAACCAAAACUGCGAUUACAACGUGCAGGAUCUCCGCGAUCCGAUCAUUCCGGAGCUCGCGGUGCCGCUAGCGAGGCAGAGCCUUGCGCGACGUGCCCCCGGCCCGGAGCAGAGCGCGAUCGCAGAGGGGCUGGGGAAGUUAGUAUACGACGAGAGUGCGCCCCUACAGCACGUCGCCAGAGAGAGAAUCCCCAAGUGUCCUAAAUGUCUGCUUCCCCUUCCUCCUAUUCCAUUCUUACAUCAUGAGUAACGCGUAAUGUGAAUCAUCUAUCACGUAGGCAACAACCUUCUCCGCCCUGGCGUCGUCUGGUUUGGAGAAAUGCUUGAUGAGGACAUGCUCACCAGCAUCGACCGAUGGAUUGAUAGCGGAGUCGAUUUGUGCAUAGUUAUCGGGACGAGUGGGAAUGUUGAGCCUGCCGCUAGGUAGUUUACCCCGUCCACAUCUUCCUCUCAAUAGAGGGCACUAACGGCGGCUAGCUACGCCCCCCAUAUCCGCCAGCGCGGUGGAAAAGUGGCAAUCGUAGACUUGGACGUCAGCGCGGGGGGCUGGUGGGGUGGCAAAGAGGCAUUUGAUUGGGUAUUUGAGGGCGACGCUUCGAAGGUUAGUUCCAGUCGAGGAAAAAGAACAAGGAAACGAGCGAGCACAUAUGGCGAUGAUGUUAACAAUUUACCCCACGGUAUUCGCAGAUCGUGCCGGAGUUGCUAAGACCGCUGAUUGGGGAGAUUACGAUUCCAGAAAACAGCGACGCUGCAGAAGCUUAAGUUAUCCUCAUAGUGCCAAUACAGUACCGGUGGCGUGCGAACAUUCGUAGCUCUCAGCCAACCUGUGUCAUAAAUCCUCGCGUCCCGAUAUGGGAGCAGACAAAUGCCACCCCCGCUCCCCUCCCGACAUGCAGGAAGGGUGAUAUCCCGACCGGGAGAUGUGGUCGCUCUCGGUCAGUCGGGAAGGAGAUCACAAUACCCGAUUGGCUGCUUCCAUUCAUUUACUCGUUCGCUUCGCGCGCGUACAAGUAAUAUAGCAAAUUUGUUUUUCC